GUUUAAAUAGCAUGUUGGUAGUAUUAUCUAUUAAAGUCUAUUUACUUUCGAGCACCAUAAUAAGAACAGGGUAACCAAGAUCAGAGUUACAAGGGAGACCGUUGAGGUUGGCAUUCCCGAGAUGAGGUUCACAUUGGAGGAAGAACUGAACCCCACUUGCCUGUUUACAUUUAUUUGCCGGGAGAGAGACUUUAUACAAUUGUGCAACAACUACAGGUUGAAUGUUGUAGAUUCAGAAGACCUUUUUGAGCAGAUCUUGGAUAGUUUACAGGAUGUGAAGCAGUCAGGGCUUAGGGUUCGUCCCCUAUUAUUUGAAACAAUGAAGACGGUGGCCCACCUGAAACUACCAAACCUAGAGAUAAGAUGGAGACCGGCAUGUAAGACCAGAGUGGCACAACACAACAAGAUGCGGCAGGAGGAGAAAGAAGCGGACAGAAAGAGACUGGAGCGCAAAUGCAGAAAUCAGAGAGUGGAAAUUGAAACGAUGGAAGCUAUGAGAGUGGAGAUGGAUCGCAUGAGAGCUGAGAUUGCAGAAUUGAGGGAGGAAGUCAGGUCUCUUAAAGAAGGGGCCAAUACUUGUACGGCCCCUUCAACUGAAAUGGCAGAACAGAGCAGGAUCCCAAGGCCAAAGGGACCUGCAUCUGCCAGUGCGCACAGGAGCCUUUUUGCAGCUGUGCGUAGGAGACCUGGCUUCGCUGCGGGCAGUGCUUCUACAACGUCAACUGCGUGCAGGACAUCAACAACAAUUGCAUCAACAACUGCACGCAGUACUUCUGCCCGCAGCACGGUAGCAACUGUGGGCAGCUCUACACGGAAGACAACAUCUGCCCGCAGCUCUGCUGCCACUGCCCCCAGCAUGUCAUCAGCUGGUGGGCAGACUUCUGCCCCCAGCACAUCAUCAGCUGGUGGGCAGACGGUCGAGGGUGGGGCAGCUCGAGGUCGUGGAAAAGUCUCAACAAAACGUAAGCGUGUUGAUGACGAUGGGGGGCAGGCAAAGAAAAAACCGGCUUGGAAAUGAGAAUAAAAAUGCCUGCCCCUCCCCCACCCCUCGACCGGACUCCCUCUUCUGCAUCUCAGCCAAACAACAUCUCUCUCUGAUCCAAAGUAUUUAACGACUAUGAUCCAAAUCGCACCACAUCGCUCCGCACCUCUUCUUCACCUUGUACAAAAUCCCUGCUCAGCAUCGCUACAUACAUGGCUGCAGUUUACCUAUAAUACGAAGGCUGCAGUGCUCUACAAUGGCUAGAGCUGUGUUUGUGUCAUGCCGGUCUCCAUGGGCCACCGUCAACAACGUCCUGAUUGUGAAUGUUGUCUGAAAAAAACACUUGAAAGGACAUUCCCACGAACAAGAACUGACGAUUUGUUUUAAGUUGUUUGUGUUCAUUUUUUAUUGGUUAAAUACAGGUUUGCCUUUUGAAAGAUGCCAUUUUUUCAACAGUGUUCUUUAAAAAAAAAAGAGAAUGUUCAUAGCCUCUUUCAUGUUUUAAAGGUAUGAUGUUCAUAUUACUAGACUUAUUUCACACCUGUUAAAAUCAGAUAAAUUUCUGAAAAGUCCUCAAACUAGUUGGUGUAGUUAUCCAAGCUUUUUGACUUGACUGCAUAUAUCUACAAAUGCAUUAUUUUACUUUGUUUAAUUGCCUAAAGCAGAUCUUGACUGAAGCUCCAAAGUAUUAGCUGUAUAUGAUUUUGAACAGUUUCAUACAUGACCUUGGCUUCACUCAUUUUUUUUAUGUUGUCUGAGCAUUGGACAACUAUGAUCUAUUUGAAUCUUUUAUUGAUAUUAAUCAAUUUGUACAUUGCUGUCUGUUCAAUUCUGACCUUAGUCCCUGUCCUGCGAUCUUGAUAUUGAAAACAGGGGCCCCUGUACUCCACUUAAUCCCCCUCCUAGCCUACGCCUGGCAAUUUUCAAUCCCACCAUUAUCCCGUCCAACAAAUGCCUUUCCCCAAAUCCUUUCCUGACCCCUGACCUGUCCACUGUCAAACCAACCUUCUACUCUACACUUUCUUAAGGGCCGGCCCAAGUCAUACCAUCUUCUCUAACAGACAUAGAUGUACAAAUAGAUUGAAUGUGUAUAUAAAAUUAUAUAAGCAUUCACAAAGUCUUGUUAUUAAUUUUACUACAAAAAGUAAGCUUUACCAUAUAACAAAUUAAAGAAACUACAAAU